GGCGGACGAACGUGCGAACCGAUCAUUCCGUUCGGCGAAUGUCCUCGAGGCGAAAUCCGAGCGAACAUCGAAAUAGCGUCUUCGUAUACGUUUCCGCAAAUCUUGCUUUCAUUGGUGGUUACAUUGCUGGCAGGUAUUGUAGACGUUAACAUUUAAACUCGUAAAUUGUGCGUAACAGGUAUUAUGUUUGUUCGGGUAUGUUUUGUAUGAUAAUGCGAGGACGAUGUGGGGGUGGGGUGGUGGGUGAUCGGAUCACGUGGAAGUUCAGUACGUGGGUGGCCGAGCCCAAGUAGUCGUGACGAUGAUGACGAAGUAGAAGAAAACCGUUUAACAUGUUCCGGGUAGCGCUUUUAGAGAUUUUACGUUGUUUGUAUAAAACAAUGAAUGUUUACAAUCUGUAGCAUUUGUACAACGAGCAAAUUAGAUAAUCGCAGAAUAUUUACACGGCACGGAUAAUUUCGAGGGCGGAGGCUGCCCUGUGACGGAACCCCCCGGGAGUUUAAUGUUCAAUAUUUAAAUGGUUGAGUGACGGGAUUCAAUCGAUCGAAUGCACUAGCGAGUGUUUAGCGACCGCGUCGGUGUUUUCAGUGUCGACGGCUUUGUGAACCGAAUUAUUAGAAACGUACGUCGGGACAGAGGUUAAUGGACGGGGAGAGUUACGGAUUGGAAUGCCUGAACCGGACGGGUUCGAGAUGGUUAGGUUAGGAGCUCAAUUUUCGUUUACCACACGAAAUCCGCAUUAACCGCAAUAAAACCACUUGACGAUUUAUGAAACUUUCAAGUCCGCUGCUGUCGGUGUCUGGUACGGCUAGCGCUCAAGUGUGUGGUUCGUCCGUCUAUCGGCGGGUCCGCCGCUCCCACUCACGUCCCGUCGGGCAUGUACGUUUAUUAGUUGCUCUACGGUUUCAGUUUAUUUUUGGACACCGAGUUCUCGGUACACAAUGUUCGGAUAAUAUAUUCUUGAAACCUAAUGGAAUUUAUUAUAGACCACUCUUUCCGUUCGUCGAAAACCGUCGACGGUGUUUACUACUUGUCGUUUAGGUGUUUAUCGGUUUUUAAAAUAUGCGAACGUACGCUACGAUAGAUUCCCGUUUCUGUGUAUAGUAAUUCGCCGAGUCGUAAACAAACAUAGACAAAAAAAAAAAAAACAACCAAAAGCCGUGACUGGGGAUGGGAGUGGUCACUGUUACAGGUGAGAAGUUGGGAAGGUAGGAUACGUAAGGUCAUUUCAUUUACAUCUGUAAGCAACGACAAACCAUUGCUUGACGAAAGACGAUUCCGAGCGCGGUUCGGCGAUUCAUACCAUGUCCAGAUAAGUCCAAUAUAAGUAUUAUUACCAAGUUUCAAGACUCUACGUGUAUUUAUAACCGAAUUACAGCAAAAAAACUCACAACAAUUUGAAUUCCUUAAAAGCUCCAAAGUGACUCAAAAGUUUUGGUAAUGAUGCCGUAAGAAAGUAAAUCAAAAAUGCAACAGAAAAGGUAUCUUGUGAUUUUUCGAUUACAUCAUUUUUCUGGUAGAAAAUGUCAUCCGUGUUAUCAAAUAAUGAAAUUGUGAAAUUGUACGUUUUCCUACGUUUUUUUUCCCCAUUUAAGUGCUUUCAUUAAAAAAUGGCGUCGAAAAUCAAAAGAAUGACUUCCGUAAAGUGCCAUCUAGACAACUUGAGCUUUCAGAAAAGUUGCUACACGUAAAAAUCGGAGCAAAUUUACUGGGGAAAAACGUGUCCAUAGACUAGGGAAAAAAAAAUAAAAAACAAAAAUAUAAACAUUUUAGUAAAACCAAUAGCUCCCCCCCUCGCCACGCUCGGAAUCUAAAAUCCGUAACAUAAGUUACGUAAGUUACCUAAGUUACAUAAGUAAUGUAAAUCGAUUGUAUUAUCUGAACAAAAUUUUUGCGAAAUUAAUUUCCGCGGUUAAUAAUAUUGUUCUAUCAAUUUGUUGACUUUGCACAAAAUUCGUCCGCCGUUUCCGUACCGACCGAUUUAGUUUCCCAGCAAAUGGCUUUGGACGAAAUAUUGUAGCGAGGUUUAAAUUUAUCGAGCAGAUUAUAUUGGUUUGAUUGAAAUAUCUACUUAUGUUAAACACGGGCUACUCAAAUCCGGUUGAUCAUGGCCGUGGGAAUUCCAUAAUUUAAAAACGGAAUUUUUUUUAUCAAAUCGGCGACACGAAUUCUCCCUAUUCCAAACGUUCGCGAGCAUCUCGUUUUUUUUUUUGCUCGGAUUAUUUUAUUUUAGAAAGUUUAUAAAAUUAAAAAUGUGUUACAAUUAAAAAAAACAGUAUCGUACGUCAAAAAUAAAUAGAAAAGGACAAAUUUUGAAAUUUGGAAUCCUUUAGUCACAUCACCGGGUUGUGAGAGCAUUUUGGAUCUAGCCAAUGGGACGUUUUUUUUAAAAAUAUUUUUAUUACUUUUGUUUUAAUGGGGGGGGGGAAAUGUCCACGUUUAAAAAGGAUGGGGGCAGCCAUUGUUAUAAGUGGGAAAUUGGGAAGGCAGAGGAAAAAUUUAAUAUAUAUCUCAAUAUCGGUACACAACGAUUAACCAUUGUUAACGAAAGAUUUAAUCCUGAAUCUACUACAUUAAUGUAAAACCAUGGCUGCACUCAGAAUUUAAAAUAAGUGUAGUGAGGUGAUGAGUUUCUUAUUUGAAAGAUUGAAGGUUUUUGCAAGGGUAGAUGGAGUAUCUAUAACACUGGAGUAAUCUGUGUUUUCGAUGUCCAAAAUAAAUAAUGUUUGUUUCAGGUACAUGGAGUGACAGUCAUGGCAGGCGACGUAAACCAUUGAUUCUCAUACCGAUUUUUGGACAAAUUUUAUCAAAUAGUUUAUACUUUGUGAAUAACUAUUGGAAUUGGCCAAGAAUAUUCGAUGGCAUAUUUACUUCAUAUCUCUCCGGAGUGUACGUCGGUCGAAAUCUGUUCUGGAUCGGUGCGAUGGCAUAUGUAUCAGAGAACUCGACAGUUGAAUCGAGAACUUUGAAGAUCGCAAAACUAAUCGGGACGUAUACCAUUAGUCACUUGAUUGGAUUGUGUUUAUUUCAACUUUUAGACAACUGUUGGAUAAUAAUUAAAAACCACAUUGAACAUGUAUAUAGAUAUUAUCAUGUAUUGUUUUUAGUGCCAAUAUUCUUAAAUAUAAUUGCCGCUUUAGUUGUCAUAUUUUUUAUGAAAGACACUUCUGAUUCAUAUGAUAGAAAUAUGUUAUGGAUGAAACCAACAAAUGUCUUUAACAGUUUUAUCAGCUUGUUUAAAAACAAAUCCAGAAAUCGUGCUGUUUUUGGCAUGUUGUUUACAUGUCAAUUAGCAGUAGUUGUCAGAGUAGGAGGUAAAUUACAUUAUAUUAAGUAUACAAUAAUAUAAAUUAAUAUAAAUUGUUUUCUAUAUGUUAUUGAAAAUCAAUGUUUCAGUGGAAUAUUUUUCAAUAAUGAAUUUAUUGGCAUAUGCAUACAUGGGUGAUAUAACAUAUGUUUAUUUUAAUAUUUCCAAAAUGGUGGCUGUGGUUUUUGGUAACUAUUAUUAUUUUACAUUGUUAUUACUGUGUACAAUAUAAACUACACUCCUGUCGGGNUAUACAAUGAGUAUUCCUAAUUACUUAAAAAAAUUCUGUGCGCUAGAGAAUGUAUAAUUCAUUUCUAUUAUUAAUUGAGCUUAUUUUAUUUCAGGUGCUUUGUUUUCCGGUGUUGUAUUGAGUAAAUGUAUGAAAGUAAAUGAUAUAGUCAUUGGCCUCUUAACAUGUAGUGUUUACAUUGUUGUAGCCACAUGCUAUAUCUUUGUAAACCGGCUCUAUCAACAUUGUAUAAGUGAAUAUUAAAUAUAUUUUAUUGUUAUUGUCAUUAUGAUUAUGUAUAAUUUGUAUAAUCAAUAUUUUUCUUAUAGUUGUAAUAAUAUAUUUAUGCCAUGGAUCCAUUAUUGUUAUCAUGACAUCGUUAACAUCUAAAAUGGUAGAAACUGAAGAACUUGGUAGGUAUUUUUGUCAUAUUUUUUUAUUUAUUUCGUAUAAUUAUAUUUUUUUAAUAAUAUUAUUUUAGGUCGGUUUAAUUCUAUCCAAUCUACUAUUGGUUCUGUUUUAAUAUUUUCUAUUGCCGAAAUAUGUAGAUUCAACAAUCACAAUAAAAUGGUUCAUUUAUUUAUGGUAUUUUUUUUGUAUGCGAUUUUGACCUUACCCAUUGUUUUAGUGUUAAUGUAAGUAACGCUUUUUAUCUGAAUAUUUAAAUGCGGUUAUUAUUAUUAAUUCUAUAUUUAAUUUUAAUGUUUUUAGGUUUCUUUAUUUCAAAUGCAAAGAUUGGUUGAAAACAGAAAACGUUACACUACAAAAAAAUUCUUUUUAUACUAUAUUAUCUAGUCAUUAAAUAUUGUUAAUUAUACAUUUUUUUUUGAAUUUUUUUUAACUAACCUAAUCUACCAAAUUUUAAAUUAUAAAAUCAUAAUCUGAAUCAAAAAUGAUAUACACUAUUAAAAACAAAAAUAUAAACAAACAUUUUUUUUUUGGUGCGGGCCCCUAGGCAGCAGCCUAUGAAGCUUGCGCUUAAAUACGGCAACUGCGUGUCACUGUGAGUGAGUAUGUUAACAAACUGAUGACGUGAUCACGGCGCGUGCUGGUUAACCCGCUGGGCACGCCUCUGUGAAUAGCACAACGUCAGAUAGUAUAAAAAUCUCUUUGAGCCGUGUCAUUUUUACCGACAAUCCGCGGGAAGGUGGCGAGUGACGAUUAACGAAUGUACAAGUGAACAAUAUCAACAAUAUAAUACAAGUAUUCCGUUCCCACCACUCGGCGAAUAUCCACGAAUAGCGAAUAAUCGGCAAAUACACGAGUCGUGGGAACCCGGCUUUAUGCAUAUUAUAGGCAUUAGAUAAAACCAAUAAUAGUUUUAAGUUUUCAAUUUAUGUAAAUAACUAUAAUUCACGGUGUGUCACAUCCUACGGUAGAUACAGUUUCAGUAUAGUCAAAUAUGGCAAAAAUCGCCGCGAAAUUAUUGAACGAAUUCGUCGCACGAAAUUCGCCGUGUAUGGCCCCAGCUUUAGGUUCUACAAUAGUUAAUGUUUAUUGUUCGGCCUGUAGGCGUGUAUUGUGUGCAACCAUUUACUGUAUAUUAAGAUAUGCAUACCUUAAAUCUUAAUUCGUGGUGCGUACCGGUGUAUUGCGGUGGGAGUAGGUACGCAAUGAAGUAUACUCAUCGUACACCGUCGGAAGGUGGCUGCCCGCUAUCAUUUUAGUCUUCCACUUAUCGCGGUGAAUUAUAGGAGUUGUUGUCAUUUUUUCCAAUAAAAAAUGUUUAUGUCCGCCAAAAAAAAUACAACGUGAUCCCGAUGAUAUCGUAAAACUAAUCGCGGUUGUGUUCGGCUACUUGAAUCAGUAUCUUAAUUAGGUACUUUAGUUUAUUUUCGCGUGCUUUGCGUAUUCCGUGUACAGAUUAAAUUGCCGCCAAGAAGACUGUACAGGAAAUAUCGUUUUGACGUAUGUUGAAAGUCCUAACAUUUAAUAGCGUUUCGCCUGCGUGCCCGUUUUAUAAUAACGUAUGCCAAAUAGCGUUCGUGUUCUGCACGUUACCGGAUUCGUAUUUGUACCUAUUGCGGUUGUGGUUAGACGUACACGAUGAAUACCCGCGUAGUGUAUUGUCGAGUGUGGAGCGUUUGUUAAUUGCGAUUCCGUUCUUUUUUUUUUUCGUUUUUCAGGAUACGCGUUUUUAAAAUGUUCGACCGUAAAUCGAUAAUGGAUUUGAAACCGCAAAAAGUCGGUUCGGAAAAUACUUUGAUAUUGGUGACGCUACUCUACACGGUGUCGUCGACGUUGUCUUCUUCGUAUCAAUUUCGCCAGGGCGGACGAACGUGCGAACCGAUCAUUCCGUUCGGCGAAUGUCCUCGAGGCGAAAUCCGAGCGAACAUCGAAAUAGCGUCUUCGUAUACGUUUCCGCAAAUCUUGCUUUCAUUGGUGGUUACAUUGCUGGCAGGUAUUGUAGACGUUAACAUUUAAACUCGUAAAUUGUGCGUAACAGGUAUUAUGUUUGUUCGGGUAUGUUUUGUAUGAUAAUGCGAGGACGAUGUGGGGGUGGGGUGGUGGGUGNACAAUGAAUGUUUACAAUCUGUAGCAUUUGUACAACGAGCAAAUUAGAUAAUCGCAGAAUAUUUACACGGCACGGAUAAUUUCGAGGGCGGAGGCUGCCCAGUGACGGAACCCCCCGGGAGUUUAAUGUUCAAUAUUUAAAUGGUUGAGUGACGGGAUUCAAUCGAUCGAAUGCUCUAGCGAGUGUUUAGCGACCGCGUCGGUGGUUUCAGUGUCGACGGCUUUGUGAACCGAAUUAUUAGAAACGUACGUCGGGACAGAGGAAAAAAUUCAUGAUUAAAGAAAAACAGAUGUCCAAACUAAAAUUGUCCAUACGACUUUUCGUUAGCGAGUUAUAGUGAUUUAAAAUUAGCGCGUGACGUCAUAGAAUCCAAUCUCGCGGUGGUUCCAGUUAUUAUUGGACGUACGUCGUACAUAUUAUUACAUAUUAUUUCGGAUUAAAUAUUUUUGCGCUCAUAAUAAUGGGUAAAUAAAGUUGAAGACGCAAUAUUUACAUGUAUUAACGCCACGAAAAUAGAUUCUAUGACGUAACACGUCAACUUCAAAAGCCUGUAUAUCACCAACGAAACGUUUGGACCAUUAUUUUUUUUUUUUUAACACAGAGUAUUAUUUUGAUUAAAUUAAAAAAAAAAAAAUAUUUUAAUUGUUUUCCUGAUUUCGGUAUCUGGUACAACCGUUGGUUAAUUUGACUAUUCGGUUGGUCCACGAAUUCUGCCCCCCCUUACCCAUCACGUGCUGUCAGCAGGUAACUAUUUUAUGUUUGGAUAGAAAUUUCUGGGUAAUACGUACGCAAUACUCGAAUAAUAUAUAAUAGAAGACUAAUGGAAUUUAUUUUAAGUGCACUGUGCGCAAUGAUAUCGUGUUUAUACUAUUCCCAACCUAACCUAACAGGCGGUGCUUAUUACCUAUUAAUAUACACACACUUCAACGCUUGUCAUUUAGGUGUUAAUAGAUUUGUAUACUAUACGAACGUACAUUGCGAUCGGUUCGUGUUUGGUGGUUCGCUAUGAGUAAUAUUCACCGAGUCCGUAGGUAAACAAACAAACAAAGAAAAAACUUUAAAAACACCGUUCGAUUUAAAAAUAACCCAUUGACCUAUCUACCAUCCAUUUGUAUACUCGUAUGCGUUUUGCGUGUAUUGUGUUCGAAUACUAUUGAAGUAAAUAAUAUUAUGCUGUUGCAUAUAAAAAUUUAAAAACGAAAAUCCGGUAAUAUUAGUUUGUUUUAAAUCGAUUGUGUUAUUUGAACAGAGUUUUUCGAAAAUGAUUUCUCCGGUUAAUAAUUUUUCAAUUAAUUUGUUGACUCGACACGCAAUUCGUCCACCGUUUUCGUACCGAACGAUUUAGAUUUUUUUCCGCAAACGGCUUAAAACAAAAUAUUGUAGCGCGAUUUGAAUUGAUCGAGCCGACCACUUGACGUUUUACAAUUUUCAACUUUGAGUUCUUUACUUAUUUGUCAAGCCUUUCCUUCGAGUAUUGGUCCACUAAAAUAUGUCUAACACGAGCUGCGCAAAACUAUUGCUUAUCAUGCAACAACGUUACCAUUUUAUCGAUUUCCUUUUGAUCAUUGCCGUGGAAUUGACAUAAUUUGAAAACCAUAUCUGUAUUUUUUUAUUAAAUCAGCGGCUCGAGUUGUCCCUGUUCAAAACGCUCGCGAGAACCUCGAUUUUUCCUCUGUAGUUGGACGUUUUCGUUUUGGUGACAUCGAAACUAAGCAUUUUGAAAUGAUUCCGAUUGACAUCGAACAUUGACGAUAAAAGUUCAAUAAGACAAUAAUAUACAUAAAUUAUUUUUUAAACUUUUAUGAAUAAUCGGGAAAAAAUAUUUCUAUUGAGAGCGCCCGCUAUAAGUAGGUAUAAAUUAAUGUAUUUUGUCCAUUACACUUAACGGGACCGAAAUAAUAGUUAAAUAAUAUUGAGAUAAUCGUCUUAUAAAGGUGACCGUCUUCGGUAGUUUUAGCGUACCACAUUUUUAACCCUGUUGAUAUUUUAUCGCAUUUAUUUAUAUUGCACAAUAUUCAGUAGUAUUAUAUUAGAUUAUACGAUUUGUAAACCGUACGUCAUGUUCCACUGUUCUAUCUAAUGACUAACGAGUUUUAAUGUUCAUUUUUCUCAGUAUAGUGGCUUAUUACUUUUACAAAUAGGUACUUACUACUAGUGUAGAAAAGAAAUUGCAGAAGUAUUAUAGAAUAUAUUUACCUUGGUAGUUGCCUAUGAUAAAUUAUAGUCAGUAUUAUGAACAGUAUCAGUACGAAUUGGUACCUACCUUCUAUAUUGUAUUAUAAAACACACUAAUAUUAUAAGAGUUAACCGAGGAAUGUAUUGAUUGCUAUUAUGAUAUGUCAUGACAUAGUCUUUUUUUAUUUUGUCCGAACACGGUUCGAAUCACAAACGAUUUGUUACUUGCCCUAAAGCAGCCCUAUUUUUCAUAAAAAAAUUCGUCCUACAUAUUUUUUCGUGCACAAUGAUAUGAUACAGAUAGGUACGUGGAUGCAAAGCCCCCCUACGUCCCCAUUUACGUCAUCACAGUGGUCUGAGAAUAAAAUUUUGGUGGCAAAAAUAGGAUAUUAAAAAUGUUCAUAAAAUUAAUUUUUUUUCUAGGAUCUCAUUAAUAGAUGAUUACUAGUGUAAAUACAAAAUUUAAUUCUCAUACAAUUUAUUGAACUGGAGUUAUAACUAAGUGAACUAGACAAAUUCGAUUUUUUGUUAUUUUAAAAAUAAAAAUGCCAAUAGUUAGUUAAUUUUUUGGCUUUUUGAAAUAUAUAAAAUGAAAAAAAAUCUAAUUGUUAAGUCACAUUAUAAGAUAAUAAAAAACUAAUCUUUUAAUCUCUUUUAAACAAUCAUUGUUAUGGAAACGUACAUUGUUGUAAUAAUUUUACAAUAAUAUGACAUAUAUAUAUAUUGUUGAGAAAGCAACACUAUAAUCUGAAUUCCGCUCAGAAUUGUUUUUCAUUAGCAAUGGUUUAUCGUUACUUACAGAUAUACAUUCAACUCCCGUCUGUAUCUUGCUUUCCCAACUUCCCACCCACAACAGUGACAGCACCCACGUGCGAAGUAUGUACGUCUUUUUAAAUUUAAUUAUUACAAUAAAAAUCGUAGUCAUGUUAACAAGAAUAAUAAGAAUACAAUAAAUAUAAUAAGAAUAUUCAUGAAUAAUAAUAAUGACUAAUGAAUACGAGUAGUAAUGAAAAUUUUAAUAAUAUUUAUGAAUAAUAAUAAUAAUCAGCAUACUAAUAACAACCAUCAAUAUAAAUAAUAAUCAUCAACGAAUAUCAUAAUCAUAAUUUUAAUGAGAGUAAUAAUAAUAAACAUAAUAAUAAUAAUAAUAUUGAGCAAUUUACAAAUGAUAAUUUAUUAAGGGUAAUAAUAAUAAGUAAAAUAAUAAUAAUAAUAAUCAUCAAUAAAUAUCACAAUCAGCAUUUGAAUAAAAUAAACAACAAUAAUCAUAAUCAUAUUUUAAAUAAGAGUAAUAAUAAGUAAAAUAAUAAUAUUAAUAAUAAUAAUAAUAAUAAUAAUAAUAAUAAUAAUAAUAAUAAUAAUAAUAAUAAUGAGUAAUUUACAAAUGAUAAUCAUUAUCAGUAUUUUAACAAGAAGCAUAAUAGGUAUUAAUAAAUGUAAUGAUCACAUAAAUAAUAAUAAUCAAUUAUUUUUGUACAUUUUUCGGUUUUUCCCAUUUAUUAUGAAAACUCCUGAGAAAAUCGAAAAGUGACCUCUCUAAAAUACCACCUCAGGAAAUAUCCCAUUCAGAAAAUUUGCUACACUUGAUACUUCAGAGCAAUACUUCUGUCAUAAUUUUUUUGCCAGUAUACAAAAAUAAACAUUAUCGUAAAACCAUCGCUGCACUCAGAAUUUAAAACAAGUGUAGUGAGGUGAUGAAUUUCUUAUUUGAAAGAUUGAAGGAUUUUGCAAGGGUAGAUGGAGUAUCUAUAACACUGGAGUAAUCUGUGUUUUCGAUGUCCAAAAUAAAUAAUGUUUGUUUCAGGUACAUGGAGUGACAGUCAUGGCAGGCGACGUAAACCAUUGAUUCUCAUACCGAUUUUUGGACAAAUUUUAUCAAAUAGUUUAUACUUUGUGAAUAACUAUUGGAAUUGGCCAAGAAUAUUCGAUGACAUAUUUACUUCAUAUCUCUCCGGAGUGUACGUCGGUCGAAAUCUGUUCUGGAUCGGUGCGAUGGCAUAUGUAUCAGAGAACUCUACAGUUGAAUCGAGAACUUUGAAGAUCGCAAAACUAAUCGGGACAUAUACNUUGCCGCUUUAG